AUGCACAACCAAAUUUUCUCUUUGUAGUACUAAAAAUGGGGAAUAGAGGGUUCCCAAUGACUUCUCUUCUUGCCACUCUUGUGGUGGUUUUACUCUCCUUCAUUAGCUUGCCAACAGAAGCCACUGAUGGUCACUAUAUCUACUCUUCUCCACCACCACCAAAGAAGUACCCCCCGCCACCAUCUCCUCCUUACCAAUAUAAAUCUCCACCCCCACCUCCACCACACAAGAAGUACCCACCACUCCCACCAAAGAAGUACCCACCACCACCAUCUCCUCCUUACCAUUAUAAAUCUCCACCGCCACCUCCACCACCCAAGACGUACCCUCCACCACCAUCUCCUCCUUACAAGUACAAGUCACCACCACCACCACCCAAGAAGUACCCACCACCUUACCCCUAUAAGUCACCACCUCCACCUCCACCAGUGUACAAGUCUCCUCCUCCUCCUCCACCCAAGAAGCCAUACAAAUACAAGUCACCUCCACCACCACCUCCUCCAAAGAAACCUUAUGUGUACAAGUCUCCACCCCCUCCUCCUCCAGUACACAAGCCGCCACCACCCCAUUACAUCUAUUCAUCUCCUCCUCCUCCUCACCAUUACUAAAGAAUGGUUUAUCUUCUUCAAGGAAAAGAAAAGGAGUAUCCACAUAAAGAACUAAAUUAAGGGAUGCCAUAGAAGAUUUGAAGAGGACAAACAUAAAAAGGGGGGGAAAAAAGCUAGUUUCCGCGUUUGAAUAUGUAUCUCUGUUUUGUUUUAAAGGAAUAAUAAAAGACAUGCAUGCUUUAUGUAUAUCAGCAAUGGUAGUGUCAAGUGUGUUCCUGGUCCACAUAUGACUUGUUUUCCAGAAAUGGACAGGUCAUAUUAUUAUGUAAUUUCCAAAGUUGCUGCCAAUAUAAGGCUUGAUUUCAUAGUUUAUACAUAAAAAAA